AUGAAGGAAGUGAAGUACUUCAGCGUCUACGAGGACUUCUUCAAAGACGCGAAGACCUUUCUGAACACAGCCGUUGAGACGAAGAACAGCAUUUUCGACGUCAGCAGCAGUGGGGAGUCGAGCUCCGGGGAGAAAAACGAUGGCGGGGCGGAGGGCCCGGGGAAGGAGAGGCACAUCGACUUUUACCUGAACGACCAGAGCAACAAGGCGGUGUGGCACAAGGACAGCAGCAAUGAGGGGAGCACCACGGGGAAGAGCGCCGCGAAUAGGAGCGGCCUAAACAGGGGCGCCGCGAGUAGAAGCGGCCUAAACAGAAGUGCCUCGAAUAGAAGCACCGCGAAUAGAAGCACCGCGAACAGACGCGCCGCGAACAGACGCGCCGCGAAUAGCACCGCGAACAGGGGCCAGCAAAACGCCGAAGCGGACGCGCACAAAAACUACCACUGCUUCUCCAGCAUGAACCACGGCGCGUCGAAAAUCCUGCUGUGCUACCAAAACACGCACACCAUGUGUCUGUCCUACAAGCCAUAUAACGAAAAUGGGUGCCACGACUCAGCGAACAUGAAUUACUCAAUUUCUAUUUUUAAGAAGAGGGUACCCAAUUUGGAAAUGGAGGAGGAGGAGAAAUAUGCCUUUGAUGGAGCAGAGGAGGAUAACAGAGUGGUGCGCUUCUUUAGGAGACUGGCAUUUUGGCGUUACAGAGAGACGGGCAGGAAGUUCCUCUUGAUAAACGAAGAAAGGAGGCAACUCGGGGGGGUAGAAAAGGGAAGAAGUAACUCCCACGCGGAGGAGGCAAUGAGGAAAAGAAAGGAAGUACCCAGAGGGAUGGAAGGGGAUUCCAAAAAAUAUGGUAAACAGUUAAUGGUGAAAGAACCCAGUAGGAAUUUCACCACUAGUAUGGGAAAAGGCAAAAUUGAGGAAACCGCUGAGGAAGCGAAAAAAAAAAAAAAUGUAAAUUUCAACGAAAUGAAGAGGAAAAAAAAGGAAAGGAAGAAAGGCACCUCAUAUGAACAUUUGCUAACUCCUAGUAGACAUGAGUAUGAUGCGUUUUGUUUGUUUAAUCCCCGUUUUAAGCAAGGGAAGCAUCACACAGUGAUGUGCUUGCAAGGGUAUAACGUGUCUGUGAUUCCCUUUGUGAAAGCCAAAAAACUGAAAGAAGAAGUGAAUGAAUUAUUUAAUGAAAUAAAUCCGUGGAUUCACAAAUCGCUAACAUUAUCUAAACUGCGAAAUUUAAAAAUUGAUCUUUUCAACUUGAUGUCUACCAUUCCUCAAAUUGACAUCUCGACCAUCUGCUGUGCGUGGGUGUUCUUCGAAAGGCUCGUCAUCAAGGGCUACGUGCAUAAGUCCAAUCGGAAGCUCUACGCAGCUACUUGUCUCAUUUUGUCCCUCAAAUUUUACCAGCAUGAUGAUAUGCAGAUUUUGGAGAAGCUGCUCCUCUACAUUCAGAAGCUAGACAAGAAGGAGAACUUAACUCCCUCCCUCAUCUUCUCCGUCGAGUUUUUGGUUUACCGCCUCCUCGACUUUUCGCUGCAGCACACGUACGAGCACAUCCGCCCCCACAUCCACCAGUACCUGGAGUCCAAGGAGCUCAAGUUCGAGGACGUCUACGGCAUUUCGGAGGAGGUCUACCUGUGCUCGAACUACCCCAGCGAGGCUUGA